AUGACGGUCCCUGGCCUUGAUUCUACAGGUGAGACACAGGAUAAGUUCUCACUGUAUAGAGAACCAGAUUCUCUAGCAGUUCCUACUAUGAAGGAAGGAGAAUCCAUCACCAACUACUGUGCUAGAACCAUGGAGAUAUGCAACAAGAUGCGAUUCCAUAGUGAGAACAUGGGCGACGUCGUAAUAGCGGAAAAGAUAUUGCGCUCUCUGACACCAAAGUAUGAUUAUGUCGUUUGCUCCAUUGAGGAGUCAAAAGACAUAGAUGUCUUAUCACUUGACGAAUUACAGAGCUCCUUAUUGGUGCAUGAGCAGAAGAUGAACCGUAGUUCAACUUCCGAUGAGCAGGCUUUGAAGGCUUCUACUUUUAUUUCUUCUUCCAAUUCCAGAGGAAGGGGUAGAGGUAGAGGUCGAGGCAGAAGAAGAGGAGAUCAUGGAGGUAGAGAUUCCUGUAGGAAUUUCAAAGCAAAUAAUGAUCAAUCUCAAGGCAAAGGCAGAGGUCGAGAUUAUGACAAAUCCAAGAUAGAGUGCUAUAGAUGUCAUAAAUUUAGUCAUUACGCAUCUGAAUGUUAUACUAGGCUGCCUAAUGACAAAGAAAAGGAAGAGAAGUCCAAUUACGCGGAGAACAAGGAAGGCUUCCGUUUUAAAGUUAGUUUUGGUGAUUGUUCUACUGUGGAUGCAACGGGAAAAGGUGACAUCAAGAUCAAAACCAAGAAUGGUUUUGCGGAAACAAUCUCUAAUGUGUUAUAUGUUCCUGAUUUGAAAAGCAACUUACUGAGUGUUGGUCAGUUGCAAGAGAAAGGUUAUGUCAUCACUAUUAAGAAGGGCGAGUGUGAAAUUUAUGACCCCGUGAGAGGAGCUAUAGCAAUAGUUCAGAUGAGUUCCAACAGAUUAUUUCCAAUAAAGAUUGAUAGUAUUCAAUCUUGUUUGAUGACGGAAGUGAAGGAUCCCUCGUGGUUGUGGCAUUUUCGUUAUGGUCAUUUGAGUUUUGGAGGAUUGAAGACACUUCAGGAGAAGAGCAUGGUCACAGGAGCAUUUGUGAAUUCUCCAUCUUCAUCUGCUUGGUUUUGUGACCCUUUUUCCAUCAUUGUUGAGAACAAAACAUUUGCAUCCAAAGGCUCUCGGGUAGGUCAACUUGGCUUUUCUCCCAUUGAGCAGUUCAUAGAGAGACUUCUUGAAGAGGGACCUGAUUAUGCAUUUGUUAAUCAAGUAGCAAGCAGUGUUGACUGCUUCAGCCCAUGA